UCAUAUUUGUACGAUUUUUUUUGGCGCUAAUCCGUACAAUACAUAUUUACCCCGAGGGGGAUCUCCCGGAAAAUUUGACCAUAGCUUCUGCUACUUCUACAAUGUACGGAAACGUAACGAAUGCCAACCAAUUUCAAGGCGAGACCAGGGCUCGCGUCCCGAAGCGCAGCGGGCUGCCAGAUGUACGACCACGGGGCGGGCGCGAGGGCGCCCGGGGAGUGCUGCUUCAAGUGGGGCGACUACCCCGCGGACGUGGCCAACAUGUUUCUGGAGGUGCUCCGGGCGCAGUGCAUGGUGGACGUCACGGUCUGCGCGGAGGGACGCCACCUGCAUGCUCACCGCAUCGUGCUCUCCGCCUGCAGCGCGUACCUGCAGGAGAUUCUGUCUUGCACUGACGAUGCCCAUCCUGUCCUCAUUUUGAGUGGGAUCAGUUUUGACGACGUUCAGUCAGUUAUCGAAUUCAUGUAUCAGGGAGAGAUCAGCGUUGGAGCCGAUCGCAUAAAGUCUGUCUUAAAUACAGCAGAAGAAUUGCAAAUCCGAGGACUCAUGGGGGUCAGCAGCCACUUUGUGGAGGAGGAGGGGGCGACGCUGCCCGAGGAAAGUCCCCCGGAGCACGUUGAAGCGAGCAAUGAAGCCGAGGUUGCCGACAGAGAGCCAGGCACCUCGGAAGUUAUCGAACCAAGAAGCUCUGAUGAAAUGGGCCAGGAUGAAGAUGAGGCGAAAGGUACAGUAAACUUGACCAAAUACGACGACAAGAAACGCAGGUGCAGAAGAAAGUCGUGCAGAAAAGAUUACAGCGAGGAGGCGCUCGCCGCCGCGCUGGAGGAGCUGAGGGCCGGCCGGUCCCUGGUCAGCACGGCGGGAGAGCACGGCAUCCCGCGCUCCACACUGUACGUGCGGGCUCGCUCCCAGGGCAUCCAGCUGGCCGUGUGUCGCCGGGGCCACCGCGGGGACCGGGUGCAGGCGGCCAUCAAGGCGGUCACAGACGGGGCGAGCCUGCAGAGGGCGGCGGAGCAGUACCAGAUCCCCAAGACGGUGCUGUGGAGGAACGUGCGCAAGCAGCUGGGGGCCCGGCCCCCCCCGGCGGGCCCCGCCGGCCUCCGCAGGAAGACCUACGACGAGGAGAAGAGGCGAGCCGCGGUCCGGGCCCUAGAGCAGGGCGACAACCUCACCCGGGUCUCCCACCAGUACCAGAUCCCGAAGACCACGCUGUUCCGCGAGAAGACGCGCCUGGUGGAGACGGGACGCCUGCCCUGGUCCUGCCUGAAGCGGCGGGGGCCGUACCUGGACUGCUUCAAGCGGAGCCGGCUGGGGGAGGCAGUGGCCGCCUGCCAGGACGGCAGGAUGUCGCAGGCCGCGGCGUCCGUCACUUUCCAGGUCCCCAAGACCACGAUCUGGCGUCGCCUGCAGGAGCGGGGCGGGGGCAGCGGCCACCCGGGGCGCCGCGGCGGGACGCUGAAGGUGGAGGCGGUUGACGAGGACGAGCCGGCCCCCGUGCAGCAGUUCGCGUUCUCCCAGGUCGGAGGCCACAUCCCCGUCACGUACGUGCAGGGGUCAGAGUUCGGGGAGGCGUCGCUCAUCAUCCUGGACCCGGGGAGGAUCGCCGUCGAGGGGAGCGGCCGCGUGGCGGCGGAGCCCCCCAGUGAGACUGAAGAAACUGAAGAACCUGAAACUGUGGAUAGUGAAAACAUUGAAAUUGUAGGUAGUGACAAUAUUACUGAUGAAAAUGAGAGCAUGGCUAACGAAGAUGUGACUUGAUGCGACAGUGACUCAGUGUCUGUUUACAAUCAGUUGAUAGUAUUUGCCGCACAUAAAUGUAGUUUUUUUUUUCUUUGCAUAGUGCACUCUGAAGAAAUUCACUCCUGUUUUGAAAUUAUUUAAAUUUUCAGAAAAUUAAUCUUAUGUAUUAUUUUAUUUGGAUAACAACUUUUGGAACCUCCAAAUCUCACAAAAACUUGGUAAGUUUACAGCAUUUGAUUGUUUAUUUGGUAUGCUUGUCAGUUGUUGGCACGCUCAUUGUGUAUAAACAGCUAGUAAAAGUUUAUCAGUCAA